AUGAGCAACUACAUAUGGAAUAACACGUAUUCGUUAGAGUUUUUAAGUGAAGACUUCUACGAUUUAAAUAUAAGUACAAAGGACAAUGUGUAUGAAAUAGUGAAAAGGAAGAAAGACGGAAACGAGGUGGAGAAUUUGAAUAUAAAUAUUAGUAAUCACAUAUGUAUGUUUGUUCAGUUAUUAGACAAUCUGUUAGGUAAGAUAAGUUAUAACAAUAGUCCAAUCAACGAUACGUUAAAUUAUAAGAAAUUAUUUGAUGUGUUUAAUUUUAUUAAGAAUCAGCUAUAUAAUUGUGAUUACAGUUUGUUUUUAAGAAUAUAUUCUAUUUAUUAUACCUACAAUCAUCGAAAAAAUGGCUAUCUAGAUGUGAACAAUUUGUAUUCAUUCAUUUUAGAUAUAAUAAAUAAAAUUGAAAAUUUAAAUGAGAAUAAUUUCUUAAUAUUACCAGGGGGAUUUUAUUUACAAAAAGAAAAGUUGUUAGUAAAAAUUUUAUAUAUUAUACAUAAAAAAAAUAAUCUAUAUAGUUUUGCUGUUUUAAACAAUUCUAUAUAUGGUAUUCAAUACCAUUCGUUCAAAGUGGAUGAUAUAGAUAACUUGGGUGUUCUACUAAGAGAUGUCAUAUUAUGUAUAAAAAAUAUUAACAAAAAUUACUUAACAAAUUCAUUAUUUUGGUUAUGUUUAUAUCGUUUGUAUAUAUUUCCAAAUACAGAAAAUGUUGAUAUAUUAUAUCAGAUAUUAUUGCCCUAUUUAAAUAAUUCGUUUUUAACAAAUAACUGGAAUUUAAGUAACAACAAAACUGUUCGAGUAGUUGAUCACACAGGUAGUAAAGAUGGAUCUUCUGACUUAAGCAAAGAUAUUUACCCCAGUGAUAGUACCACAAGUAUAGAGGCAAAUAAAGUUUCAAAUUUUAAAAUUUACAAUGAAUCGGUAAAUCCAGGAGGAGGGAAUACUUCUAACCAGGCUAAUUAUUCUAACAUUUUGUAUGGCAAUCAAUAUAACUUAAGCGAUUUGAAUGGUCUACAUGACAAAUCUAGUGGCCUGAAGAGUACAGAUAAUUUAGUAGCGCUUAGAACAAUAAAUAGUGCAAACAGUACGAACAAGUUUGACAAAAUGGACGGUUUUAAUCAGAUGAGUGGUUUGGACAAUUUUGGCAAUGUGUACCAUAACGGUGAUAGUAAGACGCAUCCUACUGCUAACCAUUUUAAUGGAAUUGAUUUGGGGCAUGCUACAUUUUACAGUAAUGAGGAAGGUAAAAACAUGUUCACUAAUAACAUUUUUAACGAUAACAUACAUGGAAACAUGCGGGAGGAUAAACAUAUGAAUUAUUACGGAUCGAGAAAUGAGAGAAUGAAAAAAGGAAAGACAACAAAAGAAAAUGAUAAAUAUGGAGGUAUAUAUGUUAAUAUAUAUAAAAAUAAAUUUACUUCCUUUUCAAUGAGUUUAUAUUAUUCUAUAAUAUAUAUGUUGAAAGUUCUGAACAUUCAGGAGGAAGAUAUUGAGGUAUGUAAAAUUUUUAUAUAUUAUAGUAUUGUUUUGAAGUUAUGUGAUGACCUGUUCAGGCUUGAUCAAACCGAACGGAAAGAAGCAAAAGCGGAAAAUAGAGGCAGGGGUAGUGAUGGGAAAUAUAGCAGCACUAACACUAAUAACAACAGCAAUAACAAUAACGAUAGCAAUCAGGUGUACGAUAGUAUUAGUUAUGGCAGUUUCAAUGGUAAAGGUAAUUACAGUAACGAUUACUUCUACAACGACACUUACAAUUACAAUCAGAGUCAGAACUACAGCCAUAACUACAGCCAUAACUACAGCAACAACCAGAGCUACAAUUCUGUUAAUAACAGAGGAGGAUUUCCCAAUGGAAAUGGUGGAAAUAAUAAUAAUACCAAUGAGUACAAUUCCCACGCAGCAGAAAACCUUUUCAGUAGGAACAACGAAAGGAAGAGUAGCAACAGCAAGAUAGAUCGUGUCUUUUUUGUUUUCCUGGAUAUGAGUGUAAGAAAGUUGUGUGUGCUUUUCCAUAUAUAUUUUUACAAAAUGAAAGUAGGUAUAUAUGAUAUUAAGAAAAUAAUUAAUAGUGAUAUUUUGAAUGAUAUAUUGAAAAAGGUGUUAUUUGUGAAAUAUAUGUAUAACAAGAUGGAAGUAAAAUUAUAUUCAGACUUAACAUUAAAUGUUGAUAUUAUAAUAAAUAGAAACUACAACAAUUCUAUAAAGUUUCCUAUGUAUGUAAAAUUUGAAGAAGAAUUACAUAAAAAUUAUCGUAAAAUUGAAAUUAAAAAAGAUAUUAAUAUUCCUAUAUCUUUUUAUAUUUCCAAAAGGACUGUUAAUACAUUUAAUGAUUUAUAUAUUAUAUUAUAUCAAACUAAUUUAAUUACAAAUAUUUUAAUAAAUCAAAAAAGAUAUAUAAGACAUUGUUACUUGUUAGCCUUUUCUUUUAUUAGUCACAUAAUAAAUAAUGUUUUACCAUCUCCUAAACAUUUUAUUUUUUUAUCAAAAUUUCACACAAUGAAUAAAGCUUUACAGGCAAGCAUUUUUAAUGAAAUAUAUCACAUGCACAAUAACAUAUAUUUUAUAACAUGCUCCAUAAAUGAAAAUAAGCAAAUAGUAAUGUAUAAAAUUAUUAACUGUUCCAUGUUACUAUUUUUAUACGAUUUUUUGUUAAGGAUUCCUUGUGUUGAUAUUUGUUCAAUUUUUUCAAUUCAUUAUAACGGAUUUUCGUCUAAACCUAGUAGACCUAUAUGCCAUUGUAGAUCAAAGGAUAGGCAGCAGAAUCAUCGGGAAAAGGGAAUGGGGGAUAAAAAACAUUUUAUCCAUGGAGAAAAGGAAAGAAGAUCCGCUAACGACUGCAAUGUUGGUAUAUUGAGUCCAAGUUGUAGCAUUAGCAAUAGCAAUGGUACUAGUAAUGGUAAUGUUAAUGGUUUCAAUUUGAAUAAGUUAAACAUCAGUAUACCUUGUAGCAGUUCUAAGAGUGGUCAUGGUGUGCAAACUCGUGUAAAAAGUUUGAACGUAGCAGGCAAAUAUUCACAAAGUAAUGCAAACAAUAAUGAUAGCUACUCAUCGUUAGAUGAAUGCAUGCAUAAAACUGAGGACUCCCUGAAACUGUCAGGCUAUUGUAUUGACAUAUCGGUAUUAGAAUGCUUUAGUAACUAUAUUUUAAUAAUAAACCCUAAAUUGAAUAUAAUAAGAUCAGAUGUUAUUGAAUAUUUUUACAAAAUUAAUGAAAAGAAAAUUAACAAGAACAGUCAGUUGUUUUUGUUUGAAAAAAGUGGGGACAUAAAUACUAGUGAAAUAGAAAUAUUAGAGAAUAUAAGUUUAGAUCUAGGAUUAGAUAGAAAAAAAAAUAAUAUAAUAGAAUAUUAUUGUGGAGAAAAUCAAUUAUUUAAACAAUUAGUACCUGAGUUUUAUCAUUUAAGAGAUAUGCUAUUCUUAUUUAAGUCCUAUAUGUGUCCAUAUAUUGACAAAUUACCUCCUGUAAGGGUAUAUAAAUAUGAUGAUAUUAACUUGAAAUUUACUUAUAAAAAUAAAUUAUAUAUUAGUGUAUUUAAUAGGAAAAUUGAUAUAUGUGGAUAUAUGUGUCAGAAUAAAGAUACCAAGUUAAAUUUCUUUUCCUUCAUUUAUCAAUUUAUGCAAUCAUAUGAAAAUAAAAAAAAUAAUUGCAUAUUAACAUAUUCCAAUCCGAAUAUGUACACAAAUACUUAUAUUGAAAAUGAACUAGAUGUUUUGUAUGUAAACGAUUUACCUUUUUUUCAUCCAUCUUUAGAUUUAAGGGAUGUAGAAAUUUUGCUUCAAUAUUUGACUGUACCUUAUAUUAGGAUACCAUUAAUUUUAGAAUUUUUUUGUGAUAAAAAGAGAAUAAAAAGUUUUCAGUCUUUUGACAUUCAACAAUUAUUAUUGUGUAUUUUGUUUGAACCGUACAUAUUUAAAAAUAAAUAUAAAACUAUUCAAGAGGAUAAUUUUAUUCCUUCAAAGGAUAGAAAUAUAUUUGCAACCAAAUACGGUCUAUUAAUUAAUGAACUAAUUCUAAGCCCAAAGAAUAUUUUAUGUAGUAUUUACACAUAUCUGGAAUUACUCUUCAGUUUUGAUAAGGAAAAUAGUAAUAGCGGAAGAGUUAAUAUUGUUUUUAUCAUCAUGAUAUGUACAUAUGUCAACUCGUACAUAAAAUUAAUCGUUGAAACGAAUAAGGAAAUCAGAUUUAAUUUGGAAAACAUUAAAAAUAUACUUGUGAAGAUUGGGUUGGCCAACAGAGAGAAGAUUUUAUCUCGUUGUGGUAAAGACAAGGAACCAAGUGGAAGUAGAACUAAAAGUAGAAAUAGAAGUAAGAACGAAAGAGCAGGAAGAGGGGGAAGAAAAAGGAAAAAACAAAUGAAAAGAAAAAUUCGUACACUGAAUAAGCUUAGAAAAAAACUCAUAAAAAAUGAAUUAUACUGUUCGGAUGAGGUUUUAUUACAUCUAGAUACGUAUUAUAAAAAAAUAAAAACAAAAUUAGAAAAUGAAAUAAUAGAAAUUUUAUUAAAAUAUAUUAGAAUAUGUGUACAGAAGAAUGAUAUAACCACAUGUUGUAUUUAUCAUGGAUGUAUUUUGUUAAUAUAUAAGGACAUAAAGUUUAGAGAGCUAAAUAAAAGUAAUGCAAAGAAUUUAUUAUCCUCCAUAUUUUUUAUCUUAACAUACUAUAAUUUUACUGCUGAAACGAAUUCUGCUGAUUUAAAAAAUAUAUAUGGAUUAGGUUCCCUUUUUGUUAAUACAAAUGAUCAUGUUGAGAACACUGUAAAAAUAGUUAAGAAGUAUGAAAGGACACCUAAGGAUAUGCUUAAUGAUACGAAUAAACAGAAUGAGGAGAAUACUUUUUCUCUUUUGAUUAAAACCUUUUCCUUAUGUGAAUGUGAUAUCUUUAUUUCAAUACAUAAACAAAGAAAUAUGUUGUUAAAAUAUUUGGAAAAAAAUGAAAUGGAUCGAAAUGUUAUAUUUGAACAUACUAUUCACAUAUGCGCAUGUGUUCAUGAAAAUAAUAAAAAUGUGUAUAAUCGUACAAUUAGUAAAUACAAUUCUAAUAUCUUCCUAAAUUUUCACUCAAAUGAAAAUGUUAUAAGAAAAUGGUUACCUGCGCAUAAAUUUAAGCACAUUGGAAUUUAUACCAUAGAAAAUGCUCAUAAUGAGAUGAAUGCUACACGUGUGAAGGAAAAACAGAGAGAUAAAAUUGAGGUGGAUAAAAACAGAGGGACUAACACGAAUUACUAUUUCACGUCCUCCACUUCGCCAUCCUCGACCAUCUCAUCCGUUUCGUCUGCUUCCUUCGAUUCGUUGAAUUCAGUCGAUACGUUCAAUACAUCUUCGUCCCUUAGAUCGUUUCAUAGAAACAAUGAUGAUGAUGCUGAUUAUAUGUCCAAAGGGGUGGAGAAGGGGGAGAGGGAAGUAGUAGGUGAAGAGGGGAAUGAAAAAUUUUCAUUCUCUGUCGAUAAUGCUAGAGUUAGGAAUGAUCUUAGACCAGAAUAUGAAGCUGAAAAAAGAGAAGGGUUAUCUGGCACCCUUGACAAGAUGGGAGAUGGAACAAAUAAGGAUGAUGAUAAUGUCAUUAUAAGCACACAGAUGAAAGAUAGUGAAAUGAUUACUAUUUUCGAGGGUAAUAAUGAACAUGUUGUGGGGGAAAAAGGUAAGGAAGUAUGUUCUAAAAAGCAGGAAAAUGAUAAGAUGAAGAAAGAGAAAAACAAAAAGGACAAUGGGGUGGAAGAGAUGGCUAUCAGAUUUAAAGGGAGUAGAAAAAAAAAAAGAUACAGCGAAUAUUUAAUGGACUGGGCAGAUCAGGGCAAUAGCAUCAGUAAUAACAAUGGUUACAUAUAUCAUAGUAACAACUGCAGCGCUAAACGUAGCGAUAACAACAAUGGGAGUGAUGGGAAGAAUGCAGGGGUGAACCCGCUGCACGAUACGGAAUCUAUGCACAACAACACGCAGAACAAUAUACUAAAUUUUCCUUCGUUUUUUAAAAAUAAUGAGAAUUCUGUGGUCAAUGAAAAGAGGAAAAAAAAAAAGGAAAGGAGGAAGAAGGAUAGCAUUUUAAGUAAUAACAAGUACAUUUCGUAUAUUAAAAAAAUUUUAAAGGAGAAGAAUAUUUUAAUUAAUUUACAGCUAUUUACCUUUUCGUACAAAGAUAAUAAUAUUAUCACGUUAAAUGAAAACAUUAAGAAGUUUAAAAGCUAUAGAGAUGUUUUUAUGUACAGCAAGAAUUAUAUGAACACGGACAGGAGAAAAAAAGUACAUAAAAUGAAAAAAAAUAUUAAAGUGCUUAUUACUCAGUCUUACCAAAAUUUCUGCACAUUUAAUAUUAUAGGGAAAAAGCAUAACUUAGAAGUAUGGAGAAAUUCGAAAAAAGUGACAAUGAAAAAUUUGAUGAGUUAUGAAUAUGACAAGUCCAAAAUAUUUUACAUCAAAAGUACUAGUCUUCUAAAUAACAUGAAAUGUUUGGGAAAUAGCAAUAUUAUCGGUAACAGUAAUAUUAACAGUUACAAUAACAGUAAUAUGAGCAGUUACAAUAACAGCAAUAAUAUCAGUAACAAUAUUGGUAACAGUAACGGUAAUGACAAUGGUAAUAGUGUUAGUAAUAGGAAUAGGAAUGAUGAGGAAGGUGGAGAUGAGUUUAACAACAGAAGUAUGAAUAUGACAAGCUUCUAUAAUUUCCUGUCGGGUGAGGUAAAGAACGGGGUACUAUACGAACAGGAGAAUAAUGAUAUAUAUAUAAGAAUCAUAUGGAAAUAUAAUACGAAUGAAUUAAAUAAAAUUAAUGGGCAUGAUACGAAAGGUGCUAAAAUGAAUGCAGAGGAAUAUAAAGCAAGGGAAAAUGCGUUGGACAAAAAUGAAGAUAAUAGUUGCAAAAAAGAUUACUACGAUUUGAAAUCAUUCAAUAUAAAUUACGAAACACAGAAUAUUGAGGGUUUAUUUAAUUUUAAAUAUGAAGAGAAUCAGUAUGAUAGCAGUUUAAUUAAUACUACUGAGGAAUCUUCCUUUAGUGACGAAACUAGGGUACUAUCAAAUGAAAACAUUGAGUAUAAUAAGAAAGAUGAGAAAAUGGUAGUAACCAAAUCGGUUAGAAGCAGUCCUAGCUCAUCUGCUACUUAUGAGACUAGUUUAUGUAGUGAUAUUUCUGCACAUUUAGAUGAAGAUUUGAAUGAUAUUAAUUACAAAAAGAAGAAUGAUAUGGUAAGUGGUUCAGUCAAGGGAGUAAAAAUAACAGAUGCAAUAUAUUAUAAAAAUAAUAAUAAAAAUAUACAGAAUAGUAAGGUAAAAGGUGCUAUUAAUAAUAUUGAUAAAAACGAAUUAGAGAAAAAAAAUAAAAAUAGAAAAAAAAAUAGUGUCGAUUUGGAGGAAUGCGGAUUGAAAGAAAUAAUUUAUCGAAAAGAUAUGGAUUGUAUAUUUAUUUAUAGUAUAUAUUUUAAUAUGAAUGGAUUUAUAAAAAAGUUGUACUACUGUAGUGAUGUAAAAAAGAUAUAUUUCUCAACAAGUAUAAACAGAUGCAAGAAUUUAUUUUACCAUUUUGAAAAUAAUAAUGUACGUCUUUGCUACUAUAACAGUAAAGAGAGUUAUGAAAAAUAUACUAUUUCUAUAUCUAGAAAUAUUUAUAACAAUAUUCAAGUACAGACUUAUUUGAAUCCAUGUUAUCUGUCUACGUUUGUUCCUAAUAUUCUCCUUCAGUACUACAACUUUUGGUAUAAUAAUGAUGAUAGUUUAAUAGGAGAAAUAAAAAAUGCAAAGAAAAAUAAAAAGAAUAAAAAUUGUAUUAUCUACAUAAAGCUCUUUAAUAACCUUAGUAAUGAUGCAUGGGAAGAGGAACAUAAUAAUAACGUAUCAAAUGAACAAAACACCAAAGGAACUAAAUGCUUAAAUAUUUUUAAAAAUGGGUUGUUCAAACAUGAUAAGAAGCCGAAAUAUAAUUUUCCUUAUGGUAUUAUUCAAAAAUUACGAAUAUUCAAUAGACCAAAAAGUUCGAAAAAAAUAACAUCUCUAAGGAUAAAUGAAGAUUAUAAAGCCUUAACUUUUAUUAAUAUUUUAAGUUAUGAAAACAAUCAAGUUUAUGAUGAUUUUUAUAACAUUCUUAUGAAAUUUGAUCAUAUAACGUACAUAUUAAUAUAUACGUUAAACGUUCCACCUUUAUUUGAUAAUCGAAAGGGUCCUUCCCCCUCGGAUGUUAGCUUUGAUAAGAGGAGACCACAUUGCAGUGGUAUUGUUAAAAAUGUUCCUAUUACGGUCGAUUUAAUCGAAAUUCCUAGGUUAAAUUUAACACUGCGGAGGAAUAACGUAGACAUAAAGAUCAGCAGCAAUAAAGAAAGAGAGGGUAACAAGAACCGAAGUACUGACGGCAUCAAGGAAAUCAGUAAAAAUGGAAAUAGUGGUGGAACAAUCGAUGGAACCACUGAUGGUAACAUUGGGGGAAGUGCCAACCCUAGUGGCAAGAAGAAGGACGGCUGCAAAUACUACUUCGAGGAACUGAACAUGUUUUUGUACAACGGGAGCAUGCAAAAGUACACGUAUAUUUAUAACGUAAUAAAAAAGAUGAACAACACAGUACUAUUACAAAAUAGCAAAAAUGAUCUCUUUUUUUUGGUAUCCUUAUUAAAUAAACCUUUUUUUUUGAAUAUUUCAAAUUUGUAUAAAGAGUUCAACAAGAAAAAUAUUCACCUGUGCACAUUAUUAGAAAAACAUAUUAAUGUUCUGUUGAAGAAUUAUAUGUACGUUACUAUUUAUUACCAUAAUUUUAACAUCAACACAACUGUUAAAAAAAAUGUGGAUGUAUUUAAUGAAAAUACAGAAAAGAAUAACUGUUCAAUGCAAUAUAUUAUUCUGUCUGUUCAUAGUUCUAAGCUGUUUUUAAAUUUUCGAAAUUUAUAUAGUUGCUUUUUUUUUAUUGUCAAUAAAUACCUGAACAAAGAUCAUGAGGAAGUAAUGGAAUAUUGUAACAAUUUAAGUAUAUGUAAAGAAGAUAUUAAAGAAAUAAAAUAUUUAUUAAAUAUAUUAAAUUAUUGUGAUAAUACUAUUUAUUCAGAUGUAGAUUCUUGUGCAUGCAGAUUGAAAAUCUUUUUGACCCUAUCAAAACAAACGAAAGUAACUCUCCGAAAAAAAAGACAUAGAGUUAGUGUAAAAAGAAAUGCGUGGAAUAUGGAUGAUUAUUAUAAUAUUUUUAAUUAUGUAAAAUCGUUGUGGUAUUUUGAAAAAACAGGAGAAAAUGAAGACUCUAGUGGUAAUGAUAUGAAUAUAAGUGAGGAUGAUAAUGAUACUACUAAUAUGAAGGGUUUACUACUCUCACAUGGUAAAACAUCCAAAAGUACGAAAAGAAGAAAUGUUAGCGAUGCACAUGAUAAUAGUGAUACCAGCAGAAGCAGCUGGAGUAGUGAGGGUGGUGGUUACUACUCGUCGUCAAAUAGCUUCUCAUCCUAUGAUAGCAAUUAUGUGUCAUCAGAAAAGGAGAAUAAAAAAAAGGAACUUAAUGCGCAGGAAAAAAUUAUUGUAGGGGAUGAGGACGGGGGUAAGGAAAACAUGAGCAGAAGAAAUAGAAAAAAAAUAAAUAAAAUAAAUAAAUAUUGUAAUAAUAAUUAUGAUAGUAGAAAUCAAAGUAGUUACACUAGUUGUCAUAAAAGUAAUACAAACAAAAUGAAUAAGAAGAAAAGAAAUGCAGAAAGCGGUAAGAAAAAAGAUCAUCAUCAACAAAGUGGGAAAAAAAAAUCGUAUAAUGAAAGGGAUACAGCUUAUUAUGAAAACUCAGAUAAUAGUAAAAAUGUGUAUAUAUAUUGGGAUAUAGUUAAAGACAUUUUAUUUUAUAUAAACAAUUUAAUAUACAUUAAAGCAAAGUGCAAAUUAACCAUUGAUGAAGAAAUAUUUUUAUAUCAAAAUUGUAGUAUUAAUAUACAUAAAUAUAAAUUAAUAUACAAUAGAUAUAUAAUAUUAAAUAGUAUAAUAGAGUCCAAGUUCACCAGUGAUAAUUGCAAUCCAUUGUUCUUUUACAAUAUAUUAAAAAAGAAGCAAAUAGAAAAUCAGAACAAGAUGAAAAAGUAUCAAAUUGAAUAUAGGAAAAGGAGUAGAAUUGAAAGCAGCUAUGCGAAUCAAAAGAUACAUAUGCAUCUAGAUGAUACUAGUUACAGUAAUACAGGAAUAGUUACUAAUAGUAAGAGAGGUGGUUAUAAUGAUGAAUAUGGUAUUAAAAAGAAUGAUGACACGUGGAAAAACAAGCUUUACAACAAUGUGCUAAAUCUAGAGAGUAUACAAAAUAACAUAACCCACUUGAAGAACUCAUUUAAUGGUAAAGAAGAAAAGCAUAUAAAGGAAGAUCACUUGGUUGUAUCUAUUAAUAUUCCGAAAAUUGAAACAGUAAAAUAUAUUAACAACAUAGAUGAAAACAUUUUUAUGAACAUAAACCUGUACGACAAUAUAGGUAAUAUAAUUAACAAUAUGUGUUAUAAAAAAGUAGAAGAUAAAAAUAAUGUGGAAGCGUUAACCUACUUAAACUCGUUAAUAAACUCCUUAGGGAUACAAAAUUUUUUUAUUAUCUAUAACUAUUUUAUGAAUAAUUUGAAUAUAAGAAUGGUUAAGGGAGAAAACACCUUUUUAUAUGGCAAUUUGUUGGCAAGAUAUUUGUAUUUUUAUAAUUAUAAUAUUAGUCAGUAUAGUAAAAUAAUUUACAUAUUUAUUUUUAUUAUUAACCAUCAGGAAGUCAUAAGUAUGUUACCAAAAAUUGAUGAUCAAAAAUUAAAAAAGAAUUAUUUGAAUUUUUUUAAAACCAAUGAUUCUCUUUUUACCUUUUUCAAUGAUAUUUUUAAAUUUGUCCAAAACCUUCAAAAAGAAAAAAAAAAAAAAAUAAAUAAAAAUAUCAUUCCGUUAGUAGUAGACAAUAACAUUACCAUUUCAACCUCCGAUGUAACUAUGUACCGUCUGAUAAUUAAUAUAAAUGUAGAUGAUUAUUUGUGUGAAAAGAGAAUUAUUUAUCCCUUCCAUAUUAAGAAUAACGUUCAUGUGGGUAGUGAACUACUCAAUGAGUUAUGUUUUUGUCCUUUUAAGAAGUUGUACAAGUAUUUGAGGAAGGUUAAACGAAAUUGUGUUGGUAGGAUUGGUGGUAGUAGUAGUAGUAGUACUAGUAGUAGAAGUCGUGGAGGUGGAAGUGGAAGAAGGAGCCAUGGUGGAAAGCACAACACUAAGGGCAAGGGUGAGAGCGCUUUACAUAAUAGAGAUGACGGAUGGGGGGACGAGUUCGAUAAUAUAAAGCUCGAAAAUGAAGUAGAAAAUUGUGAUAAGAAUAGUAUUAACAGAAGGAAUAUUCUAAAUUUUGAUUUUGAAGAGAAUAAUUUAUCUUGUCAAAAUACGUAUUCGAAAAAUUUCAUAAAGAAUAUGAAAGUUGACUAUAACAGGCACCUAGAAUAUGAAAAAAAAAAAGUAGACUAUGAAUUCAUUGGUUUCAGUGCUAAUGAAAUAAAAAUGACUUUUAGCAAUAUUAAAAAGUUGAAGGAGUAUGUAAAUAUGUUUGUAAGUAUAAAGGAUAUAUUAUUAGAAAUAUUCGUAGGCGAUAAUAAAUUACUUGAGUGUAUAAAUGAAUUUAUGGAGGAAGCGGAAAACGCAAAUAGAAACAUAUUGAACAUGGAGAACAGCAAAAUUCACCAUCAAAAUUUGGGAAGAGCUGAAAACGUUGAUAUGUUUUAUGUAAACAAUAGUCAAGAAAGUGAACAAAUGAGGAGCAAUCAUAUGAACCCAAGGAGUGGAAAAAGUUAUGCCGGUAAUGUUACAGAUUUGUCUACAAGUAACACUGUUGGUGUAUAUGAUACGAGAGGGGGAAGUGUGCAUACUGGUAGGAGUAGUAAUAACAAUGUAAGUAGCAGUGAUAUUAUCGAUCCUAGUAAAAAUAACUAUGAUAACAUUUUUAAUACGCUAGACGGGGGUCAUCUAAGGGACGAUGCGCAGGCAUAUACCAAUUACUUUUUAUACAAAUUCGGAGUAUUAGGAAAAGCGGAAAAGGAGAUAAACUUGAAAAUAUUAAUAAGUUGUUUUAUGUCAAAAUAUGCGUACGAAUAUUUAAUUAUGAUAAAUCCAAAUUUAAAAAAAGAAAACUCGGAAAAAUUUAUUAACAUCGUUUUGCUGUAUAUGUUAAUAAUGAACAGGAAAAUGUUUCUACAUGAAUGUAUUAGUAGUGUAAUAAACAUUCUAAAUAUAUUUAAGGUAUACAAUUUGAAAUUAAAAAUUUUAAAGCAAAAAGAGAAAUAUAUAAAAUCAACUACAAGUAGUGAUGUUAAUUCAGAUGUCCUGUUGAACAGAUUGAUGAAUAAACAAGAGAAAAUAAUAAAUAAAGCUAUUAAUACAAUUCAGUUGGGAACAAAGAAUUUGACGCAAUUGACCUUAACAGAGAGGCAUUAUUUCACAAUGAGAAGCAAAUGCAAAAAUCGAAAAAUAGUUUAUAAAAAUUUGAUGCACGACUCGGAUUCGUCCGAUGUAUCUACGUGCUAUUUUUCCAGCGAUCAGUAUGAAGAGGGAGUGGAACGGUCCAAGCGAGUGGAUCAGGUGGCACAGUUUGAAGGAAAGGAGAGAAAUAAAGCGGAUGGAAAUACAAUUGACGAAUUGGGUAAUUGGGCAAGUAAUUUGGGAGAAAAUUGGGGUAUUAGCUGGACGAAUGAAGAGGAUCAAAAAAAUAUGACUUCUUCACAAUGCAAAUUGGCUAAUCUUGGAAUGGGUGAAGAAGAGCAGAAGAGUAAAAAAGGAGAAUGCUUGAUUGAGAUAAAAGAAGGAGAUGAUAAUUGUUACUAUACUUAUGACCCCAGAUUACUAAUAUUUGAAUAUACGAACAAUUUAAUUAUUAGAAAAAAACAAGUAAAGAUGAUAAAAAAGUUAAAAAGAGAUUUUUUAAAAAAGAAAAAGCAAUACUGUUAUCAAAUAAUAAUGGGAGGAGGUAAGACGACUGUAUUAUCUCCUCUAUAUUUUUUAAUUUUUUCUAACUACUUUUUAAUAUUUAAUAUGUGUCCACAGCCGUUAAUACACUUUACAAUAAAUACAUUUCGCUCAAGAUUUUCAUCAAUCAUAAGAAAGAAUAUAUUUUAUUUUAAUUUUAGUCGUUAUAAUAAUAUUACAACAGAUUUGUACAUAAGUUUAUGUAGUGCAUUAGAAAAUAAGUACAUAUUAGUGACUAGUCCAACAUGCAUAAAAUCCUUAUUUUUAAAAUUGGUUAAUACUAUUCAGGAGUUGAAUAAUAUUAAAACAUUUGAUAUCAUAAAGCAAAAAGCAAAAACGCAUAUCACGGACGCAUUGACAAAAUUUUUGGGUUUCCAAAAUGAAGAUCAUUCUAUUAGUGUAUCGAAUGUAGCAAAUUUGACAAAUGUGGCGAAUUUAGGAAAUGUAGGUAGUAUGACUAAUAUGACUAGUGUAGCUAAUGUAGUGUCCUUUAGAAACACAAACAGAAAUAUAUCUACUCAAGGAGCGAGCAGUGGAUAUGGUUCAUCAUCAAUGGAUUAUAAUAUGUUGAAAAAACAACUUGAUUUGUCAGUAAGAAUAUUCGAUAUAUUAAAUAAAAGUAUAUUAUUAAUAGACGAAAUUGACAAUGUGUUACAUCCUUUAAAAAGCGAGCUACAUUGGCCAUAUGGUAUAAAUAGAGAUAUAGAUUUAGUUAACGUUGUUAGGAAUUUUACCGAUGUAUUUAUGAAUAACCCAUAUUUAAAAUUUUUAUAUGACAAGAAAAAUGAUGACGUCGAUAUAAAGAAUAUCAAAAUAUCAGUUGUAAACCGAAAUCAAGUUAGGAGCAAUUUGGCUGCCCAUAUUAAGCAGUUAAAGGAGGUGGAGACAAAAAGAAAUAUUUCAAACCGGGUAAAUUGCACGCACGAUAAUAGCGGAAACGAUGGGAACAGCUACAAUAACUGUGGUAAUUUCAACAACAUCAAUUACAAUAGCAGCAAUUACAAUAGCAGCAAUUACAAUAGCAGCAGUUACAACAUCAGCAGUUACAACAUCAGCAAUUACAAUAGCAGCAGUUACAACGCGUAUGAUGGUAACGCGUUUUCUAGGGAAAAAGGUAAGAGUAAAAAUGUAAUGGAAAGUAUGAACAUCUCAUAUGGUACACAUGCGUACAGGAAAGAAGACAGCAAUGAUUUGAGUGUAGUUAACAAUAGUGCUUUAAAAACUGUGGGUAAGUACGGAUCUAUGAAAAUGGUGAACAGCGCAGAAACGAAUCAUAGCUACUCGCAUAUCGACUUAAGUCUGUUCAGGUACAAACUAAGUUGGGUAUUAAUUGACUUUUUUUUUUAUCCUGUGUGUAAGAAAUUAACUAUACCUAUGAAUGUUUGUUUUAAUACUAAUACAGAUUAUAUUGAAGAAUUACUACUUAUUUUUGAUAAAGAAGUACAAAAAGGUAUAGAUAAUCAUGACAUUUCUAUAAUACCUCAUUUUCAUAUUAUUAACUUUAAUUGGUAUAAUAACAUAAUUUGGUUAGUUGCUCGUUAUGUGUAUUAUUUUCUUUUGUCUUAUAAAAUUACGGGAGUAUCCCAAAAAAUGGUUGAAUCUUAUUUAUGUAUUCCUUUAUGUAUUGGGUAUAAUGAUAUAUGUGUGAACAAUAAGUCGAAUAAUCAAACGGUUUUAAGUAACUCCACCAUUAGACGACUGUUGAAUAUUAAGAAGAUAAAUGCAAAGUAUAGCACUAAUAACGACAAUUAUGCAGUUGAUUUAGAUAAUAUGAACAUGGGUGAAAUGCAUAUACUCUCUAGUGAUUAUCACUUAAAAAUUUUUGAAAAAAUUAAUGCCAUAGAAUAUGUAUUCUGUAAAAUGUUAAAUCUCUGUCGCUUAUAUAUAAAUGGCAUAUUACCUUUCGUGUUUUCAAAAAUUAAUACUGUGCAUUAUGGUAUCUUAUCCGCUGAACAAAUUAAUAAGUGCCAAAUAAUUAUGAGUAAAAGCAGGUAUUUUCUAGCUGUGCCAUAUAUAGGUAAAGAUACCCCUUCCGAUAUGUCUGAGUACACAAAUGUAGAUAUUGUUGUUUCUUUUACUAUAUUAUCAUAUAGGUAUCAAGGUAUGAGAUAUUUUGAUUUUAUACUCUCCCUCAAAAACAUUUUAUAUAAUUACUCUUUGGAAAAAGAUUAUGAACAUAUUCAAAGUGAAUCAGAUGAUUCAUCUAUUUGUUCUGAAUAUUUGAGUGAUGAGGAAAGUGUAGCAGGAAGUUACUGUCACCAUAAGAAAAAGGAAAACAAAGAUAUACAUAAAAAGAAAAAUAAGAAACAUACUAAUAAUGCACAAACAAAUAGUCAAAAUAGUAUGGAUGAUGACAGUAGUUAUACUAAUACAAGUUAUGUUAAGGAAAACAGCUCGUAUUCUAGUAUUCUAAUUAAGAGCGAUAAAUCAUCCAAUACAUCGGUUAAAUGCAGCAGGUUGAUACACAAAGAGGGAAAGGCUAACAAUGGAGAAAAUGAAAAACGAAAUUGUUCUAACAGAGAAGCAAGCGGACAUGCUGCAUCACAUAAGGAUAGAGGUAAAAGAAAUGGUGCUAAAAAGAAUAAACAAGGUGGCCACUUUAAUAGUACUAAAAAUAAGAGCAUUAAGGAGGGGAAGAAGAAUGACAGAAAUGAUAUUAGUGCAAAUGGUAGAAGGAAGGUCAGAGGAAAAGACACCAAAAGAAGGGAAAAAAAGGAUAUAAAAAACAUGUAUUAUCUAUACAAAGAAAUAAUAGAAACGAGUGGAGCUAAAAUUAGAAAAACGAAAAAGGAUAUAAAUAAUAAUAAUUUCUUUUUUUAUGAUAAUAACAUAAAAAGGAGAACAGAAAAUAUAAAAAGAAAGUCAGGAAAUUAUGUAGACACAAUUGAUAAAAUAGAUCUGAAUGAUAAUGAAACACUGUAUGAUUUAUACAAUUUAACACGUAAAAACCCCUUGUUAAUUAGCUAUUUUUUAUUAGGUAUAAUAUUAGAAAAAUAUAUAAAGCAUACAGAAAAGCAGUUGUCCUCAAAUUCUCAGGAUUUAACAAAUAAUGUCUUAUUUAAAUAUGUAAUAGGAUAUAGUGGAACAAGUAAUGAUAUACUACCAGAAGAAAUACAUAAAUGUAAAUAUGAAAAGAGAACAAUUGGAUCGAUUAUCAACAUUUUGAAUGACACAAAUAUUGUGAAUUUUAUUUUUUUGCCAUCCAAAAUUUCCCCUAUUCAAAUAUUAAAAAGUUUGAGUUAUUCUAAAAUUAAAUUUAAUAGCCUUAUCGAUACAGGAUAUUUAAUUAAUAAUAUUUCCCCCAAAAAAGUAGCAUACUAUAUUUUGCAAUUUUUGGAUUACAUCGAUUGUUGCAUUUAUAUUGACAAUGGGAAGCAUAUGUGCAUGCUGCCAUUGGAAAAGAAAAAAAGAAAAACUAGGCGUAGAAGAAGAGAGGAAAAAAAUGGAAGCAAACACAUCUUACACAAGGAAAACCCAAAACGGGAGCAUUUGGAAGGGAUUACAGCAAUGGAAGAGGUUACACAAGGAGAAAUUAUCAAGACAUCUAUUGAAAAUGGUGAAGAAAAUAGUAAGGCGGAUAGAAGUGUAAACAAUAGAAUAGGGGCAUGUAUAAGGGAACAAAAAGCAAAGAAAAAAAGAAACAUGUGGAUGAAGAAAAAGUACAACAAACGUAGCAACAACAAUAACAGAAACUAUUAUAACAUUACGGAAAACAGAGGCAGUAAUAACAAUAGCGGAGGAAGUGCUGGCAUGGAGAAUAGUUUCAACAUGAACGUGGAAAUUAUACCUCUACAGGACUGUUAUGUACCGAUUAAAAAGAGGUUUAUUUAUUUUGAUCAUAUAAAUACCUUUGGACAAGAUAUAAAACAGUAUGUAAAUGCAAACAGUCUAGUUACAGUAAAUAUCGGAAAUGACAUUUCGUCAUUUAGUCAAGGUGUUUUUCGAUUGAGGUCUAUAGGUAUCAAUCAGAAAAUUUUUUUCUUAAUCCCCUUAUGCUUAGUUAAACUGAUGAACAUAAAUACUAAUCUGUUUAAGGAUAUGAUUUUUUCCUCUAAGAAGUGUAAUGCAGACGAUGCGCGUAGUAGUGAAGUGCCACUUAACGAUAUUUAUAGCAAGAAUGUUUUUAAAAAAUUUAAAAGAGAAAAGAAGAAAAUGCUCCAAGCAUGCAAUAAAAAUUACAGUGAGGACAGUCAGACCGAAUCGGAGCACAACAUGAGCGAUACCAUUUUAGUUAGCAGUAGCAAUAGAAGCAGCGGGGGCAGUGGAAGCAGUGAUUAUGAGAGCAGUGGUGAUGAUAGCAAGGAUGGUUAUAGCAAUGGUUGUUACGAGAAAAGAGAUAGUUACGAUAAAAACAGUUUUAGCAUGAAUAUGAGAAGAAAAGGAAGAAGAGAGGAUGGAGAUAGAAGAAGUUACAAUUUCAUUAAUGAGAAUGACGAGUGCAUGUUGAUGAUUGAUUGUUAUAAUAGCAUUUAUUUGGACGAAAAUACAAAAGGGGAUGUUUUAAAAGAGUUGACCCAUUACUUAAUUUUAAAUAAUAUAAAUAACAAUAUAAAACAGAGUGAACUCUUAUGUGUACAUGGAGUAGUGAAUAUUAUAAAGAAGAAGAGCAUAAAAAUGUUAAUAGACAAUUAUAUAAAUAUUGGUGUUUUGAAUUAUAGGGACUAUUUAGAUAUAUUUAACACGAGCAUAGAUUUUGAUAUUCAGAAUCAGGUGCCAUCAAAAAGUAGUUCUUUAUUAUGUAUUGUUCAGUUAAUAGAAAAAUUUCAAAAUAUUUUUAGUAAAGAAGAUGAACUAUUUUUACAAGAUAUAUUAUAUCGCUAUUUCUGUUUACACUAUGAUUUUUCAAAUAAAACAAUUUUUAUGUAUUUUGAUGCAUUUUUUCCGCGUAAGGAUUUUAUGAAAAGUAAUUUCCCCCAAAUUAUACUAGAUUUAUUUGAAAAGCUAAAAAAGAUAAAAAAGGACAACUCUGUUUUGUCUUUCAAAAAGUGCUACAGAAGUAAUUGUAAUGAUUACAAUGGGGAGGAUGACAAUUCUAUAGAUAACCAUCUGUUCAGUUUAGAAAAUGAACAGGAGAAAGAAAAAGAAAAAGAGAAGGAAAAGGAAAAGGAGAAGGAAAAAGAGAAGGAAAAAGAGAAGGAGAAGGAAAAAGAAGAGGAAAAAAUACCUGAAGAUCAAAAAAAGAAAAAUGUCAAGUAUAAAAAAGAUGAAUAUAAAUUAUACAGAUGGACAAUUGAUGAUAUUAAUACUGAUUUGUUUGGUGCAAAAAAGGGGAAGAAGCAAGUAAAUUAUGAUAAAAAGGAAGAAACGUACAAUACUAUUUCUUUAAUAAAUAACAAAGUUACAGAAACGUUUAUGAGAAUUCGGGAUAGUCCUUUAUUUAUUCCACUGAAUAAAAUGUGUGUAAACGACAUAUUCUUAAAUUUUCCGUCGUAUGUAUAUGUAUCUAAAAAUUUUAUAAACUCGGAUGCUAUUAAUACAAAGAAGGUGAAGAAGGUAAAAAACAUUUUACUUGUAAUCGAAUGUGCGCACAAGGAAGUUGAAAAUAUUCGUUUUACGGAAAAUAAUAAUUAUGAUAUAUACUCAGAAAAAGAAAUUUUAAAAAGUAUAUGGGAUAUAUUACAAGAAAAUAAUAUGGAAGAAAUUCUCAACAUUUUAGAUAUCAACCCUUUUAAGUAUUCUUACGAUUUGACAAAAUUGAUACUUGAUUAUCUAGAAAAAAAUAAAAAUAAAAAUGCAAGUUUUGUAAAUUUUACAUUCAUAUUAAAUCAACUUGAAUUGUAUUUUAGUAGUAAAAAUAAAAAGUAUAUAAUUGUAAGUUUGCAAGAAGCAGAAACAUUGAGAUACUACAUUCAUAAGAGGUAUAGCAUGGAAAAGGUAAAUAAAGCCCUAGCCGAUGAUAUAGGGGCUAUAUGUAUGAACCAGCACAAAAGAAGUUUAUCUUCAAAUAAAUGCUACACAACUAACGAAGCUGGAAGUAACACAAAUGGUGGAAUACAAAUGAAUAACGAAUGGAAGCAAACUCGUACAAAUGAGAAUUGUACAGGAGAAAAGAAUAACAUGGGUUCAAAUGUGUUAAACUCCUUUAAUGAUAAUACAUCAAAUAUCGGUUUAACAAAUGUGGAUAUGAACUUAUUUGACAUUUUUGACAAAAAGGGGGAUAGCAACAUAGGGGCAGAUGGUAACCUAAACAGCGAGAAAAUUGAAGAGAGUUGUAAUAAUAUGAAGGACUACAUAUCACAUGAUGUAUCUAUAACAGAUGGAUGGGGAUUAAACAACAAUCUUUCGAGCAUAUCGUUGGAGGAUAAGGAUAAUGUGGAUGGUGUUAGUGGUAACAAUGGAGGCAAUAGUAUCAGUAGUGCUAAUUAUGCUAACAGUACGAAUGAUAAUUUAAUCUUCGAAGAUAUGGAAAUUCAAAAUAAAAAGAAGAACUCUUCUAACAUAGUAGCAAUGAAUAGCAGUAGUAAACAGGUUAUUGGUAGAACACACAAUUUGGAACUGUUGGAUAUAUAUGAAAAGGAAAAAAUGAGGACGCGAAAAACAGAAGAGAAAAAUUUAUUUUCAGAUGUACAUAUAAAUAUAUACAAUUACCAUUUUUGGUUUACGCCUAUUGAAAUUACAGACAAAAAUAAUUUGAGAAAAUAUUUAUCAAGACAGGUACAAAUAGUUUAUAGUGUGUGUAAGUUUUUUAACUCGGAUAGAAAAUUUAUAGAUGCUCAUGUUAACUUACUAUUACAGUAUUUAAAUUUUAAUUCUCCAAAACAUCGAUUUAAUUAUUUUAAUGAGUUAUAUUUAUUAAGAAGAAUGAUGAAAGAAAAUUUAAAUAAAAGCUAUAGUUACAAGAGUUUAGAAAAACAUGUGCUUAUUCCUAAAAAUGUAGAACUAGAAAUUGCCGAAAAAAAAUUAUUCGAAGGAAAUGGGGAUAUAUAUGCGUUUAAAAUUAUGCAACAAAAAGUGAGACAAAGCUUAAAAAAGAAACAGUUAACGUUGCAAGAAAUUUUCGAUAAAGAUAUAGAUUACACAUGUAGUAGGGAAGAUAUAAAAAUUUUAUUUGACUUUUUAAAUAUACAUGAUAAUAAUUCAGUUAAUGUUCUCUUUGAUAUAUUAGGAUCAAAUGUAUCUCUUCAAGAUUUAUGUUUUUCACUUAAUCCAACAGAAAAUAUGAAAAAAUCGGAUUUCCAGAAAGAUCUAUAUGUAGAUGAAAAAGCAAGAUAUGAUGAGGAUUUCAUAAAAGAAGUGGAUAUGUGUUUAAAAAAUUUUAAAUUCUCCUUAACAGAUCAUACUUAUUUUAAGCUGAUAUGGUCAGGUAAAAUUUCCAAUCAGAGAAUUGUACAAGAUAUUGCUCUAGAUAAUAAAAAGGAGACGAUUUUAAUGAGUAAUGAAAAGGUUCCUUAUACAGAGAAAUACGAUGAUAAUGGUAUCAGUACCCAUGAAAAGGAUUUUUAUAAAAACUCAUCAACGAACGAUUUGCUGAGCGAUAUAUUUGGAUUUAGCAAAAUUCACAAUAAUAACAACAAUAUUAUCAGCAUUAAUAAUAAUGCUUAUGUUAACAGCGUCAAUAGUUGCAGUAUCAAUGGUAGCAAUGUCAAUGGAAGCAGUAUCCAUAUAGGUAAUAGUAAAUAUGAGCAGCAAGAGUUAGAUGGAAACAUGAAAUAUAUUGUAAAUAAUUCUGAACAGUUUUAUAUAUACGAGGCAGAAAACACGGAUCCAAAGGACAGAGGAAUGAUGAGUAAAAAUAAACACAAAAUACUUUUUGGUCAUUAUGCAUCAAAUAAGGCAAUGGAUAAUACUUUUCCAAUACUUGAAAUGACAGAUGUAUCUAUAAACAGUAUGUAUACAAGUGCAUCUGCUAAAGAAGUUUUAAAUUUAUUCUUCCCUCAUCCAAAAAAAUAUCUACUAUUAUGGCAUGAAGAUUAUUCUAUAAAAAAUGUAGAGGAGUGCCUUCAUAUAUGGAAACCAGUUCUCUCGUCUGCUCAUUUUUCAAGUACAGUAUUCCUAGGGUUUAUUACAACCGUCGGGCCUCAACAACCCCCUUUAAACAAAAUUAGAGCAGUUCCAAAAUCUCUAGUUAAAAAUGUUCAAAACAAGAAAUAUGCUACCUUCUAUUCUGACAAUAGUUUUUCGAUUGACAACUCCGGGGUGUUCAGUUCGUUGAACAUUCACUUUUUCAACGGAUUGGACAACAAAAAUUAUGAAGAAUUUCUAUUUAGGAAUUUCUCUUUAGACAUUGUUGUCAAAAUGAAAAAAAUAAAAUCAGUGAAUGAAGAUAUCUUUAAUUUAUGGGGAGACGAGAAACAAGAUUUUAGUGAAGAGGAUGAGCCAUCUUCUGAGUGGGAAGUAAUACCUCGAAGCUUUUAA